UUUUCAUUUCAUAAUGAUAAUAUUAUAUUGGUUAGUUAAUUGUCAAGAAAGAUAUAAUAUAAAAGCUCACUGGAAUUACCACACGGCCCAUAUAUAGUUUGAAACUGAAUCUAAAAUCUCACAAUCCUACAUAAAGGCUUCAAUGCUCUUCGUUUAGGAACAACAUGCCACUAAUAAAAAAAAUUGAGAGUUGUUGGUUCAAGUCAACUAUAUACUACAAACUAAACUAAGAAGGAACCAUCAAAACUUGAGAGCAAACGACAAAAUUAGGGUUAUCUCCAAUAUACUAAUAGACUUGAUCAAAGUCAUAAGACAUAAAAUUAGACACUUCUUUUCUAUAAGUUUCAGUAGGUUGAAUAAAGAAUCGACCUAAUUCAGUAAAUCAGUGAUUUCUCGUUUAACAUAUAAAUAGGUUGUGGUAGCUGCAAAAACCAUAAACCUAAAGAGCAAAUAGCCACCACUCUCCGUUGAACGACCAAAUUUUUAUCAACUCUAUCUUUAAUCUCAAGAGCAAUAUGUUUCAACCAAACAACUUCAUUUCCUCGGGGCACUUGUAAUAAGUUCGCUAAAACCAACACUCAUCUCCAAUUACAUCAAUAUGUUCAUCUCCCCCUUGACUGCCUUCACCUGCUUUAGUCCACUUCCAUGUCCUUCCAUAACCUCUCCAUUUUCAUUAUUAUCCUCACCAUCUCUCACUUCUCUCUCUUUAACUGCUCCAGUUUCUCUUCCAUAUCUUUCAACACCCACCUCAAUUCAUUCACUACCCUCUCCAACUCCCUCUUUUCUGCCUUCACUUGUUGCAGUGGAACUUUACCUGCUACCAAAUUCAAACACAAUUUCUUCCCCCCUCCCCCCCCCCCCCCACCCACUUCCAUUCUCAAACUCAAUUCCAACUCUUCUACUCCAAGUUUAAAUUCAUACCUACUUGAUUGAACUCCAUUCUAUUCGACAUGGAUUGAUAUCGAAUUUGAAAUUUUCUAUUUGCUUAGUUUAAAUCCCAAAAAUAAAACUGUCGUGCCAAGAGAAACCAGAAGAUUAAUUUUCAAAUGCGUUCUUGUACUGGGAAGUGAAAUGGCCAAAUUAUUGCACGAUGGAGGGACUUUUGGAGGAAGUUAUAAAGAGAUAAGAACAAAGAUACAAAAGGACAACAUUUAAUUUUAAAUUGAAAAAUACAAUGACGCAACACGUAGUAAAAGAAAUAGUUUCUUCAUGUUAGCCAAUUACAAAUUUACCUAAGCAAAAAUUAAGGAGAGCAUGAAUUUUAAAAUGGAUAAAAUUACAUGAAACUCUACUAUGGAAAUUGAAGUAUUAAGCACCAUAAAAAUAAAUAUGGUAGACUUAGUGGGCUUGUUGAUCAUGAUGUAAAAGUCAUUAAUUUUCCAGAGUUUAGUGUAUGUUUUGUAUCAAAUAGAAACAACAAAUUCGUUUAGUGUAGUUGGUUAUGAUUGUUGUUCGUGUUUGAAGAGACCUGGGUUCAAAUCUUCAUAUUGAUAUUUUUUAUUUGAAAUAAAUAGAUAAUUGUAAAGACAAAAAUGUCCUUCCUACUUUCACUCUCGUUACAGAAAAUUUGAAAUGGAGAAAAUUACACAAAACUCUACCAUAUAUUAAUGGGGGAUUACUUUCCACAAUAAGGUAAAGAUAAGAUAGUCUAACGAUAAACUGUCGCAAUAAUGAAGGUCUGGGAGUUGCAGAUCCCAUAUUCGAAUUCAAGUGAGACUUGUUGGUGUUUCCGAAGGUAUAAGGCUGUUGGGAGUGAAGCCCCGUUGACGUCAAAUUGAAUACAGGUGACCCCAUGUUUAAUAGGACCCGCUGUUACAAAGUGGUACGUGGGGCUGAGAUCCUGAAUAAUAAAUAAAAUGUAUUAGCCAAAUAGACAUUACUCUAAUUUUUUUUACAAUCUUCGUAAUAAGUUGAUAAUAAAUGUGAGGUGAUACUAAAAAUAUUCUACAUGUAAAACAAAAAAAAAAUCUAUUUGAACUCGAGUUGUGUAGAAAAAUUGCAGCGAUCCCACUGCCUAGAGUCCGCAUCAUGGAUCGACUGGUUUGGGAAGCAGAAUCGGAUGGUAUGUAUUCAGUACGGUCAGGGUAUCAUCUGGCCCUGCAAGAGCGGCGUAAAGAGCCUGGCUGGAAGGCUGAAGUCUCCUUCAUUGACACAUCUUUGUGGAAACAGGUUUGGGGGAACGGAGUUUAGUGUUCCAAGCGUUGUCCUGUUUUUUGUGAACCAUUAGAAUCGCUUGAGCAUUUGUUCCUCUCUUGCAGAGUUUCAUUUGAAUUGUGGGAGGGGAGUGGCCUUGGAGAGGUUAGGCGGGGUUUGGAGCAUUUGAACAUGGCGUUGUUUUUUCGGCGAGUUCUUGAGAGAGACUCCUCCGAUUAAAUAAUAAUGUGGUUUGUCUCGCUUUUAUGGCGCAUCUGGAAAGGGGAGUAAUUGGGCUCAUUUUUUUAUCAUAUUCAGUAUCAGACAUCUGUCCUUCUCCGUCAAUAUCAGGAACAAGUUCGGUAGUGGCUAGCACUUACUCAACAGAUUCCUCCUCCGAGACCGGUGAUUGUGACUUAGGAGGGAUCGGGGAGUGUUGCACCAGGGUUUGUUUGUUCAGUGGAUGGAGCGGUCGCGAAAGGAUCACAUUCGGCCGAGGGGUUUGGUCGUCCGGGAUGGGCAGGGGAGUAUCGUUUUUGUGAACGGAUUUCUCUAUGCAGGUGUGGACGAUCCUUACAGUGUAGAACUCUUGGCGUUACGAGAUGCGAUUCGAUGGUGCUCUUUGAAGGGUCUCACCGAGGUAGUAUUUCGCGGAGAUGCUAAGGUUUUUCUCGAUAAGAUACGUGAGAGAGAAGUUCGGGAUGUCAAAGGUGGCAGCAUUCUUGAAGAAAUUCAGUUGUUACGUCAGCAAUAUGCUCGGUUUGAGGUGUAAUUCGUUGGUAGGAAAAACAAUUGGACGGCCCAUUUGGUGGCUAAGAAAUCCCUUUCUUUGUUUCAUGCGGGAGUUCCGGGUUUUGAUUUUCGUGGUUGGUUUCUCUCGAGUUUAUAAACCAGUGUUGUUUGAACAUUAUUAUCUUAUUCUUUCUUGGUAAUACAAGUUAGCUUCUGGAAGAAAAAAAAAAUAUGCAG